AUGUCGGUAUCGGCUCCAUCAAGGUCGCAGAUCCUCCAGCUGUACCGCAGGUAUCUGCGCACCUCGCAGUCCUUCUCGUCGUACAACUUCCGCACCUACUUUUUGAGGCGGUCGCGCGACAUGUUCCGUGCGACUCUGCUGCCGACGGAGCAAGCGGCUCAAUCGUCACCGUUCUCCAAGCAGGGCUCGACGACUGCCAAGGUGUCGCCAUCCACACUGCUGUCUCCUGAGCAGCUGCGCCAACCGUCUGGCAGUGGCGAGUCGAUCUCGGCAGCAUCGCUUACAGACCAGGAGAAGCUGUCCAAGUUCUACCAGACGGCGCUCGACGACCUCAAGGUGCUCCAGAGGUCGGCACUCAUGAACCGCCUGUACGAGGGCGAGAAGCUUGUUGUUGAAAAGCCAAGACUCAUCAUCGGCGGCGGUGGCGCUGGUCAGGAGGCCGCCGUUGGUGGAGGAGGCCAGCCGACCUCCGGCCCACAAAGCUCCGGUGGCGCCCCUCCCAGCUCGUAA